CUUGCGUUUAUUUUGGCUGUUCUCCUCAUUUGUCUAGCUGUCGCCGCCAUUAAACCAGACGGGGACAGUUGUAAACCAUGGAGAGCUGUGAAUUUAUACCGUGAGUCGCGGACUUCCGAGAGUCUGUCUUUGUACUGCGAGGUGUCGUUGGGUUUGUAAAGGUGAACAUGUGAGAGACAGACGGAGUAUUUCGGACUGGGAAAGGUUUGAUUGAGCAGGAGGAGGGGAGACGUGGUGGAGGAGGAGGAGGCGGAGGUGGAGAGGGGUAAAAGCUGGACGGGAAGGAUUUGUUGUGGUUUUCACCAGUUUUCAAGAGGCUAACACUGUCACGAAACGCUGGAUUUUACCCACCAGGAAAAAGCAACCCACAAUGACGGAACAAAGGGUGAAGUGGGCCUGCGACUACUGCACCUAUGAGAACUGGCCGUCUGCUGUCAAGUGCACAAUGUGCCGCGCGCCGAGGUUAACGGGGCCCAUCAUUACAGAGGAGCCGUACAGAAACAUCCCCGAACCCGAUCCCGGUCCGGAGUGGAAUCCCGCUAGAACUGGGAGCGAGAGCAGCCUCCUGAUCUGCCCGGACUCCAGCGCCAGACCCAGAGUCAGGACGUCCGGCGUGGCUGAGCUCGCCGGCAAAUGGUCCUGCCAGGUGUGCACGUACCUGAAUUGGCCGCGCGCCGUUCGCUGCACGCAGUGCCUGUGUCAGCGUCCGCGGACCGGCAGCCCGACGGAGUCGCCCCAGACCUCGGGUACCAACGCAGGCUGCCGCCCCUCCAGCAUCCACUCCCCCGUGGACACGUGCGAGGAAUAUAACGACAGGAACAGACUCAACACGCACCAGCAACACUGGACAUGUACAGCUUGCACUUACCAGAACUUGCCCAGAACUACAAAGUGUGUCAUGUGUGACCUCCCCAAACCCAACAACCAGGAAGCGGGGGGGCUCCGGGAGCCCCCGCAGUCCUGUCCCCUGAUCAUCGAGCAGGACGCGGCGCGGUGGAGGGGCAGCUGCAGCGGCAGCCAGCUUCAGAGGAGAUCCCCUCCUACGGCCAAGAGGGAAGACUUCCAGAGGAUCGAGGUCGCAGCUGGAGCCAUGAGCACGGAGGAGCAUGAGGUCAACUUCAAGAAGCUGAAGCAGAUCAGGAACCGGAUGAGGAAAACUGACUGGCUCUUUCUUAGUGCGUGUGCUGGAGUCGUAGAAGGAGACCUGGCCGCAGUGGAAGCCUACAAGUCGUCUGGAGGCGACAUCGCUCGGCAGCUCACCGCUGACGAGGUCCAGCUCCUCAACCGCUCCUCUGCGUUUGACGUGGGCUUCACUCUGGUCCAUCUGGCCAUUCGCUUCCAGAGGCAGGACAUGCUAGCUAUUUUGUUGACAGAGGUGAACCAGCAGGCAGCGAAGUGCAUUCCCUCCAUGGUGUGUCCUGAGCUGACGGAGCAGAUCCGGAGGGAGAUCGCGGCUUCCCUUCAUCAGCGCAAAGGAGACUUUGCCUGUUACUUUCUCACUGACUUGGUCACCUUCACCCUGCCUGCAGAUAUCGAGGACUUGCCCCCUGCUGUUCAGGAGAAGCUGUUUGACGACGUGCUAGACCGAGAUGUGCAGAAAGAACUUGAAGAGGAGCCUCCGGUUAUUAACUGGUCUCUGGAGCUGGGGACCCGCCUGGACAGCCGUCUCUAUGCCUUGUGGAACCGCACGGCCGGAGACUGCCUGCUGGACUCCGUGCUGCAGGCCACCUGGGGGAUCUACGACAAGGACUCCGUCCUCCGCAAAACCCUCCAUGACAGCCUGCACGACUGCUCCCACUGGUUUUACAGUCGCUGGAAGGAGUGGGAGUCCUGGUACUCGCAGAGCUUUGGUUUACAUUUCUCCCUCAGAGAAGAGCAGUGGCAGGAGGACUGGGCUUUCAUCCUGUCCUUAGCCAGCCAGCCCGGGGCCAGCCUGGAGCAGACCCACAUUUUUGUUCUCGCGCACAUUCUUCGAAGACCCAUCAUAGUCUACGGAGUAAAAUACUACAAAAGUUUCCGUGGGGAAACGUUGGGAUACACUCGUUUUCAAGGUGUGUACCUCCCUCUGUUAUGGGAGCAGAGCUUCUGCUGGAAGAGCCCCAUCGCCCUGGGUUACACACGGGGACACUUCUCCGCCCUGGUGGCCAUGGAGAACGACGGUUACGACAAUCGCGGUGCAGGCGCCAACCUCAAUACUGACGACGACGUCACGGUUACCUUUUUGCCGCUAGUGGACAGCGAGAGGAAGCUGCUGCACAUUCACUUCCUGUCUGCUCAGGAGAUGGGGAACGAGGAGCAGCAAGAGAAACUGCUGAGGGAGUGGCUGGACUGCUGCGUGACGGACGGAGGCCUCCUGGUCGCCAUGCAGAAGAGCUCCCGCCGCCGCAACCACCCCCUGGUCACCCAGAUGGUGGAGAAGUGGCUGGACAGAUACCGCCAGCUCCACCCCUGCACCUCGCUCUCUGACGGCGAGGAGGACGACGACGAAGAUGAGUGAGGCCAGUUGGAGCUUUUGCUUCUUUGAAAUGGACA